CUUGGAUUUGAGGAUGGCAUGGCUCCGGCACGUGUGGAGAUGCAGAUGCGUGCCGCUGUAGGUCCCCCUAAGGCCAAGGCAGUCAUAACGCACCAUGGCAACACCGUCACACCGCCAUCACCGUGCAAGGGCGUCGCCCCUGCCGCUGCUGCCCGUUCUCGUGCUCUUGCUGGUCUGCGGGGCCCGCCCUGCCGUGGCCAUGCAGGAGAAACACACACGGCCGAAGGGAGAUGACGCCAAACAGGUCAGCAGAGAGAGAGAAGGAGGGGAAGGGAAGCUGCACUUCUCUGUGGAAUGGCGCCAUCCAUAUGUGUGUGGAUGUGUCCAUCAGAUCUCUGCCAGUGGUGGUGGUGGUGGGUCGCCGGCCCUCUCCCUCUCGCCCUAUGCGCUGCCGCUGCUCUCCCAGGCGGCCCUCGCCGCGCCCCUCUACGCCAACAACCUUAGCGACGAAGCCCCACGGUGGCAGCUCAGCAGACGACACGCGCAGUGGGGUGGCAAACCCGCCACCACGACGCCCACACCACCAGCACCACCAGCACCACCACCAACAACAGCAGCCCCACCAGCACCGGCAGAAACCAAGAAGCCAUUGGUUGGAAGCGCGUAUGCGAUGAUGGGCCACGCCGAUGGGCAGCUGACGCAAUCGCGUAGCCAUACCAGCAGCAGCAGUAGGACCACCAGCAGCAGCAGCAGCAGGUCGAUGAGCGUGCGGCAGAUGCUCGAAACGCUCAGCGUCGACCUGGCGCACAACGACAUUUUCGGCCACGAGAACCCUUUGGCGUUCAUUCCCUUCUACUCGAGCUAUGGCCCGGUGGCCUGGAUCUCCCUGCUCAGCGUGUUUGCCCUCGUGCUGGCCUUCGAUUUGCUCGUGCUGCAUCGGACGGUUGGCUCAAGGGAGAUGACGACGCUGCGGGCGAUUCUGAUGGUGGGCUUUUGGGUUACCCUCGGGAUGACGUUCUGCACAUUCGUGUGGUUCUGGCGGGGCGGGGAGGACGCCGUUAUGUGGUUCAACGGGUUUCUGCUCGAGUACGUGCUGUCGCUCGACAACCUGUUUGUAUUCCACCUGGUGUUCAAGGAGUACAAGACGCCGAACGCGCAGAAAUACAAGGCCCUUUUCUACGGAAUCAUCGUAUGUAGUUCACCCUCCCGGCCCUCUUUGCCGCUUCACCCUCCGUGUGUGCGUGUGUGCGUGUGUGUGUGUGUGUGUGUGUAUGCUGGCAGGGUGCGGUUGCAUUCCGCCUGGCGAUAUUCUCGAUCGGCGAGGUGCUGUUCCACCUGCUCGAUUGGGUCAAGUUGGUGUUCGGCCUCUUCCUGGUGUGGACGGGCAUGCGCACGGCGUGGGAGCAGGACGACGACACCGACCCGAGCGACUUCAUACGCUCGCCCACCGAGGAGGAGGACAGCAUAGACACCGUCGACACAAUGGAGGGCGGGGGCAGGGCGGGAGCGGGGGGGCUGACAACAAAGGAGGGGCAGGCGGCCAAGGUCGCCAAUGGUAUGACGGAGAAGGACAAGAAGGAACAGCCGGCAAAGAAACACAAGGAACAUCCCAUACUCAAGGUCAGUGUGGAUGGGGGUGGGGGUGGCGGUGGGGCACGGACACACAGAGGGCAUGGCAUCCUCCCUCUCCUUCUCUAUCUGUGUUUAUGUCGUCAGUGUUUGGAGCGUCAUUUGCCCUUCUUCCCCUACUAUGUGGCGGAUGGCAGCUUCUUUGUUCGCGUGCCUCGCCACCACCACCACCCACACACUUCAGAGGAGGAACCGGACCGCCACACCGGCCUUAGCAUCGCCGACAGGGCCACCACACCGCCCAUGUCGUACGCACACACACAUCAAGACACCAUGGCGGCAUUCACUCGUCAUUCCCUCUCUCUCUCUGUGUGUGUGUGGGUGUGGGUGUGGGUGUGGGUGUGUGGGCCUGUAGUUCGCACGGUCCUGAGAGUGAGGCGCUGGUACCAGAUAGAGGUGCAGGGGGAGAGGCCGGCCGUCUGUCGGUGACGCUGCUGUUCAUGGUCGUCUGCUGCCUCGAAGCCGUCGACCUCGUCUUCGCAGUACGCACACACACAGUGACGGACGAAACAAACACGCGAUGGAUGGCCGCUUGUGUGUGUGUGGCGUGCUCUUGGUCAGCUGGAUUCGACGGCGGCCAAGUUGGCUGCGGUGGAUGGGGGCGGGGCACACCACACACAGACAGAAAGGAAAAGGGCCAAUGUGUGUCUGUGUGUGAGGCCUCCUUGUGUGUGCAGAUACCUGAUAUGUUCCUGGCGUACUCAUCGACGGUGGGAGGGGGAUAGAGAGACAGACAGGACACCUGGCUGUCAUUGUCAUGUGUGUGGUCUUGCAGAUCGCGGCCAUGUUUGGCCUGCGGGCGAUGUUUUUCCUAAUCGACAGACUCGUCGUGUACACUCACACACACGCAGAGAGGGAGAGAGAGAGACGCCUGUCUAUCUGUGUGCCUGUGUGUGUGUGUGUGUGUGUGGUCCAUCGAUUAGCCACUUUGUCUUGUUGAAGUAUGGGCUAUGCAUCAUCCUCAUAUUCAUCGGCGUCAGGCUGAUCCUCGCACCGUAAGCCAAGCGACGACCAACACAACACAGCACAACACAAACACACAUGCUGCACACACACGUGUGUGUGUGUGUGUGUCUUGGCAGUUAUUGGGCCGUAUCGAACGCUCACGUCUCCGGCUUUCUCGUCAGCCUCUGAACCAACACACACAGAGACACACACAGAACAGACGCCAGAGACUCAUCCCCUCUCCCCCCCCUCUGUCGAUCAUCAUUCAGCUAUCUGUGUUGGUGGCGAGCAUCGUCGCGUCAGUGGUCUACAGCUGGAUACGCAGCCACAACAAUGGCAAGAACGGCCAGCCCCACAAUGAGGCGCCCCCAAUGGCCCACCACUAUGCCUCCCAGGAGAGUAUCGGCGAGGCCGCAGAGGUAUCCAUUUGUGUGUGUGUGUCGGUACCACACGUGUAAUGUCCUUCCUGCCCUUUGUCUGCGGCAGGUUGAGAUUGAGGAUGACGACUCGCACGCAGACGAGUCUUGACAGUGGGCACAAUAUGGACGCGCGGAUGGAGGAGUGGAUCGCUUGCAAGGAGGAAGGGGUCGGUCGAUAAGGAUAUCAGCAUGAGCAUGGGCGGCAGUCAGGACCUAGGUCAUAGAGACACAGACAGAAAGAGAGAGAGAGAGAGAGAGAGCGAGCGCUUGCGAACACUGAAUGAAUGAAUGAAUGGAUACGGCACGGUCCAUAUAUGGCUAUUUUUACAUGCGUGAUGCCUGCCUACAUCCAUGGCCCUGGCCGUGUGUGAAUGCGUCAGUGAGUGGAUGGAUGGAUGUAUGGAUGGGACGGUGGCAUCUCUCUGUCUGUCCGUGUGAAGGUCACAUUCCUGCAUCCACAGACAUGCACCAUGUCUGC